GCCGUGUCAAGUUUGCGUCAUUGCGGGUUGGAACAUCAGACAAAGAGGACAUUUUCUGAAAGUGUACAACUGAGAAACCACUAAGAUGAGAGAAAUUGUGCAUAUCCAAGCUGGCCAGUGUGGUAAUCAAAUAGGUGCUAAGUUCUGGGAGGUGAUCUCUGACGAGCAUGGUAUCGACCCAAUCGGAGCUUAUCAUGGAGACUCGGACCUGCAGUUAGAGAGAAUCAACGUUUAUUACAAUGAAGCUUCAGGAGGUAAAUAUGUCCCUCGUGCUAUAUUGUUGGAUUUGGAGCCUGGUACAAUGGACUCUGUUCGAUCUGGACCUUUUGGACAGCUGUUUCGUCCUGAUAAUUUUGUAUUUGGUCAGAGUGGAGCAGGAAACAACUGGGCCAAAGGUCACUACACUGAAGGUGCUGAACUUGUAGACACUGUUCUAGAUGUUGUGAGGAAAGAGUCGGAAAGUUGUGAUUGUCUCCAGGGUUUCCAGUUGGCUCACUCUCUAGGAGGAGGAACUGGAUCUGGAAUGGGGACCCUCCUGAUCUCCAAGAUUCGGGAAGAAUAUCCCGAUAGGAUUAUGAACACUUUCAGUGUUAUGCCAUCACCAAAGGUAUCUGACACAGUUGUGGAACCGUACAAUGCUACUCUCUCUGUUCACCAGCUUGUGGAAAACACAGAUGAAACUUUCUGUAUUGACAACGAAGCUCUGUAUGACAUUUGUUUCCGUACCCUCAAACUGACCACUCCAACAUAUGGUGACCUAAACCAUCUGGUGUCUGUCACGAUGUCUGGAGUCACUACUUGCCUAAGGUUUCCUGGCCAACUGAAUGCUGACCUUAGAAAACUUGCUGUCAACAUGGUUCCUUUCCCUCGACUACAUUUCUUCAUGCCAGGUUUUGCACCACUUACAUCCAGAGGGAGCCAGCAGUACAGAUCACUUACUGUACCUGAACUAACUCAACAAAUGUUUGAUGCCAAGAACAUGAUGACAGCUUGUGAUCCUCGCCAUGGCCGCUAUCUAACAGUUGCAACAAUCUUCCGUGGACGCAUGAGCAUGAAAGAGGUUGAUGAACAGAUGUUGAAUAUCCAAAACAAGAACAGUAGUUACUUUGUCGAAUGGAUCCCCAAUAACGUCAAGACAGCCGUGUGUGACAUUCCUCCACGAGGGCUGAAGAUGAGUGCUACCUUCAUUGGAAAUAGCACUGCUAUCCAGGAAAUCUUCAAGAGGAUCUCUGAACAGUUUACUGCUAUGUUCCGACGAAAGGCUUUCUUACAUUGGUACACUGGUGAAGGAAUGGACGAAAUGGAAUUUACUGAGGCAGAAUCCAACAUGAAUGAUCUGGUGUCUGAGUACCAGCAGUACCAGGAAGCCACUGCUGAGGAUGAGGGGGAAUUUGAUGAGGAAGAACCCUUGGAAGAAGCCUAAAUUCCAUUUCUUGAAAUAAAUUUUUCCUAAGCAGAUUGUAGGACAUCUUAACUUGCUAACAUUUAGUUUUUAUGUGUUCAGAUGUCUUAGCUUAUGCAGAUAAUUUAAUGCUCAAAUUUUUAGUCUAUCAGAAAAAUCUCUUUUUGGUUAAAGAAUGAGAAACAUCUGUUGUCUGCAAUGGUGAAUUUUGUAUAUUUAGUUUUUAAAUUAUUAAACAUUUUUUCAGAUUUUUUAACACCUAUAAACCAA